AUAUGGCAAGCUCUCUGCUGAGCAGCUUCCAACACCGAGUGUAAACAACAACAACAACAACAUCUGCCAUAAUAACCAGUAGCAGAAGAAGAAGACGACGAAGAAAAAGCACGCACAAAGAUUAAAAGAACCGGCAACACUGAUAAGCCAUCGUCGUCGGCCCUGUCGGAAAACCGCUAAUUAGCCUAACUUGUGCAAAUGUGACCGUGAAUUUGUGCGUAUAAAUUUGAGAGUAGCUCAAAAAAAAGCCUGUCUUUCUCUGUGUGUGAGUGUGGAUGUUCCAGUGUGUUCUAGUGCCAAAUUACCGCAAAGAAGUACACCGUUCAAGUCCAACCUUCCGUGUCGUCGUCGUAGUCUGGCGAUUUUUUGCGCCUAGAAGAGGAAAAAGAAGAAAUCUUUUUUUUCAAUGUGAAUAUUUUCCUACUACACUUUUUGCUCUUUUGAGAGGAGAAUAAUUGCGGCGUGUAACCGCAACGACAGCUUCACGGCAAAAAGCUUCCCUCCGUCGAUAUGCAUACCAAUUGAGAUAGUAUCUGUGAGUGAAAAAACGAGGAAAAGAAGAAGAAAAACGAAAGGAAAUAAAACGCCGAUCGCUGGCAUGGAGUCGCGUCAAAAAGUUGAAUCAAAUUUACAUAAAUGCAAUUAAGGUGCAGUGAAGUGUGCUCCGAUCCGUCGUCGCCAUCGACGGUUGGCUGAUCAAUGAAUCCAUGUGUACAACCGGAAGCGCUUCCACGUCCUUCCCCACUUCCGGUGGAAAUUGUGCAUCCCCAAAUGAGUACUAGUAUCGAAGUUUAAACAAAGCAAAAAACGUCCUCUCCGUUGGGAUAUUCGCCCAUCGCAAUGUCCUUCAACGGCAGAGACCUGAUGAAGCAGCAGCAGCAGCAGCAGCUUCAGCACUUCAACCAGCAGCUACAGCAGCAGCAGCAGCAGCAACUCCAGCAACAGCAGCAGCUGUCACCCCAGCAGCAGCCGCCUCCGGAGUACAACCAGAGCGUGCUGACGAUGCAAAAGUCCGUCACGAUUACGGUGACGCCGCAGCGCAGCAACUCGAUGGAUUUGCUCAACUUCGAGGAGAAGCGACAGCUGAUCGCGUCCUCGCUGUCGCUGUCGGACAUCCUGCACGUCAGCCCGGCGGCGGCCCACGUUGCGAAGGAGGUGGCCGCCAGCACGGUGAUUGGUGAGUUUGCUACCAAGAAACAGAACGGUGCCACCCUGCGGUCCAACAGCCUCAACUCGGGCUCGCGGACGCCACCCCUCGAGCGGAAAAGCAAGUUCAGCGCGUUCGGGCGACUCUUCAAGCCGUGGAAGUGGCGGAGAAAAAAGAAAAGCGAAAAGUUCGAGUCCACCUCCAAGUCUCUAGAGCGUAAAAUAUCAGUACGUGCCAAUCGCGAGGAACUUGUACAAAAAGGUAUCCUGCUGCCCGAGAGUCCAACGUCGGCGCUGUCCAUAGCUGCCAUUUGUAUCAGUCCCACGGAAUCGCUGACGUGGUCAACAUCAUCCCAUAGACAGCUACAAACCUUCCAUCAGCCGAACCAUUAUCGAAGCCAAAACGAAGAACAAUAUACCAUUUACAACUCGGUGAACGGUUCCAACUCAGCCGUCCUGCCAAAUCUCGCGAACGCAUCAUCAUCCGCAGCAGCAGCACCAAAUACUAGUAUAACCAACAAUGUGCCUUUAUCACAAUCGGCUCAACAAAUCAGCAGCGUGCUCAGCAACAGCAGUCUGAACCACCCUAGCAACAACAACAACAACAGCACUAGUAGUAGUAAUAGUAACGGCCCGCUGAGCUUGGCGUCGAUUCUGGGCGGCGGCAAUUCCGGAAAUAACGCCGUCAUCGGUGCCAACAUGAUUGGCGGGGGUACGGCCGGUCAGGCACUGGCCAGCAUCCUGACGGGCAACUCGGUCGGGAAUAGUAUAGGUGGGAGUGGUGGCGGAGGAGGAGGAGGAGGACAAGGUGGGUUGUCCCACUCGCAGUCGGCGCACCAGAUCGGUUCCGGAGUGACCGGUGGUGGCCAUGCGCCGAUCUCGCAGCACCAGGCGCUCCAGCAGCAGCUGCAGCAGCACUUUGCCAACGUUGCCGGCAACAGCAGUAGUUUAGAGCCACGGAAAGAAAAGACUGACGGCCAGGGUAGUAGUGCCAAUGGCGUCGAUCAACAGUCGACUUCGUCCUCGUCGUCGUCGGCAGGAUCGUCCCAGGUGGCGACAAUUGCCGACCAACUCCAGCAGCAGCAGCAGCAGCACCAUCACCACCACCAUCAGCCCAAGCCGGAACGUCCGAACUCGCUCGGACCUCCGGCGACCGUGGCCAAGCUGUCCGUUGCGACCCGCCGGGGUCACUGCUACCACAGCGAUGGUUUUCAAGAUAAUCAACGGAAGACUCCACCGCCGAACAGCGAACAGCUGCAGAACCAGCACCAGCAGCAAUCCAACCAACUCCCAUCGCAAGCGGCCCUGUCCGCGGCGGCGGCUGCCGUGGCCCAACAGCACCAGCAGGCCCUCCAGCAGCACCACCAACUCCACGGCCAUGGCCAGCACCCGCACUCGCACCACCUGGCGAACCACAUCAUGCUGUCGGAGCUGCCGGAACCGCCGAUUCCGGUGUCCGAAAUCGGUCCGAUUCCGCCACCGCCGAUGUUCUCCACCCCGAGUCCCACGCUGAUUGGUGGACGGUCGAUGACGCAGCAACAGCAGGCACUCCACCAGCAACACCACCAACAACUUCAGCAGCACCUGCAACAACACCAGCAACACAUGCAGCAGCAACAAGCGCUGCAGCAACAGCAGCAGCAACAACAGCAACAACAGCUGCAUGGCUCUACUAAUGUGCAUUCCACUACUACCGGUAGCAAUAAUAGUAUUAGCGCGAGUAACAUUAUACCGUUAGAUAUGAACGAUUACGAUUACGAUGAUCAUGAAAACAAUGAUCAGGAGGAGCUCGACUCGGACGAGGAGUACAUGUAUACAAUGUCGCAACCAAAUCCCGCCAUCGAUACGAACCGUAUCGACGAAAUCCCUGCGAAGGAGCCCAAAUUCAACGCAGUGCCAUUGAAAUCAGCUUUAAAGAAGAAGGGCUCGAACCCGGGCACGCCCACGCAGGACAACCGGACGCUCACGGUCCGGUACGACAACAACGCGACGGCCACGAUCAAGCCAGUUUUACGACCACGGAUUAGAAUAUGCUCGCGACCGAUGCGUUUCCAGAUUGGCCUACCGAGUACGAUCGAGAACAAGGAGAACACCCGGCCGUACGUGAUCCGCGAAGGGCACGCGGACAACGAUGACCAGAACGACGGCCCGAUCUGCUACCGCGAGGACGACGCCGACCGGGCGGCCAAGAUCGCCCGCAAGGAGAGCCUCUCGAUCAAGUUGGCCCUGCGGCCGGACCGGCAGGAGCUGAUCAACCGGAACAUCCUGCAGAUGCAGUCGGACAACGAGAAGCAAGAGUCGAAGGAAGCGAUCGGGGCGCGGCUCAUCCGGCGGCUGUCGAUGCGACCGACGGCCGAGGAGCUCGUCGAGCGGAACAUCCUGAAGACGCAAACUCCGGCCGAGGAGAAGAAGCAAAAGGAGGAGAAGAAGCGCUACCUGCUGCGGAAGCUCAGCUUCCGGCCCACCGUGGACGAGCUGAAGGAGAAGAAGAUCAUCCGCUUUAACGACUACAUCGAGGUGACGCAGGCCCACGAUUACGACCGGCGGGCGGACAAACCGUGGACGCGGCUCACCCCGAAGGACAAGGCCGCCAUCCGGAAGGAGCUGAACGAGUUCAAAAGCUCCGAGAUGGCGGUGCACGAAGGCAGUCGACAUCUCACCAGGUUUCAUAGGCCAUGACAGCUGCAAUGCAGGAUCAAACAGAGACAUUUUGCCGUUCAUUACUUUACAUUUCUUAUUAAGAACUACUACAACAACCAUUUGAUUGUGUACAUAUAAAUCAACCAACCAACCAUCAGCAGCAGCAGCAACAGUAACACAAAUUGGAAUAAUUAGCAGCCAACCCUGGUGAAGUCGGAACUUCCUGUCAACCCAAUCGGAACCUUAAAUUUUUGAAUCACGCCGCAACGUUUUAACCCUUUGACGAUUGGUAGCAGCAGCAGCAGCAGAUUCCAGGUUCUGGUCACCCAGGUAAGGUACGGCGUUUGCACCGUAACAGAAGGUCCUACAAGUUUUGUUUGUAGUCGAACUCGCUUUGGGUCAUCGGGGGAUGGGAACGGCAAAAAGGAACAGAAAUAUUAAAGCAGUAACAAAAAAAAAACACAACAAAAAAAUUGUUUCAGUAAGAAAUUAAAGGAAACCUAACAAAAAAAUAUAUUAAAGGAAAAAAAUAAUAAUACUGUGAUAAUGUUGACGUUAUUAGAAUGUUACCGAGCAAACAUAACAAAAAAACAUGAUAAUGAAAACACAAAACAUAAGAAACGUGGUGAGAUUUAGCGGUUAGUGGCUUUGUGGAAGAAAUUAGUGCGGAGCAAAAACCCACGAAUCGGCGGUAGCAUUUUUCCUGGUUGCGGCAGCUUGUGCUCGUGGGAUCGGUUGGUUAUCUGAAAUAGAGGAAAUUUUAUGAUUUUUUUUUCAGAUUGAAAAAAAAGAAAAAUUUAAAAGAGUUAUUUAAAAAAAAUCUUUUCAUAAAAAGCAACAUUUUGAAUAUUCUAAAAAGUUUUACUGAGCAAUAGAUCUCAUUUGUAUAAGUUUGACGUUUACUGAGGGUGUAGCAAACCAAGAGCAAAACCCAAAAGAGAACGAGCACCUCUUCUAUCUUUUGUGAAAUAUGGUGAAAAAAUAGUUUCGAGAUUUUCGAGAAAAAUCGAUCUCACCAAUACAAACACAGAUGGAACGUCAAAUUAUGUUUUCCGCCAAUUUGAAUUUAAAUUAUUUUAAAUCUUCAUCUUACACAAUUCGAUAGAACGCCCUUUUUAAAUGUCACUCUAGAUAUUUUGACGUCUAGACACAAUGCAUUUUAGGCUUCAUUGUUUGUAGUUGACAAUAAGCGUAGCACCCGCUUGAUAGAGAGAGCAUUCAGCACUCACUGUGCGAGAGAAUCGAAGAGACCAGAUUCUCUCUUCCCUCUCUCGACAAAAUUCAAACUCAAUGAAUCGAUCUCACGAAUACAAGAUGAAAUGUCAGAAGUCGCAUAAUUUUGAUAUUAAUUUUCGCAAACGGCCAAGGUAUUGUUUAUUUUAAAUGAGGCAGGAUUUCCAGCUGUCAAAAAUUUGUAGUUUGGCCAAAAAGGGGAUUUUAUAUUUUUAUUCCAGGCAAAUUAAGACAGAUUUUUUUUGGGUGGCCAUCCUGGAUAAAAAAAUCUUUUUGAGCGGAUUUGUUUUUUCAAAAAAAAAAUGUUUCUCAAAGUGUUUUUCGGUUCAGAAAAUUGACAAAUUUUCACUUUUCUGAAAUUCCCUGCCUUAAAUAUUUCAAUAUACCUUGUGCACGCACCAUUUUCGGAAGAGUCUUCGUCAAAGAAAUUCACUGAGAGAGAAAAUCGAAAGAGCUCUCUCGCGUGAGAUAAAAUGCAGACUCAAUGGUUCGUUCUCACAAAUACAUUUGGACGUCAAUUUUCGAAGACGAUUAAUGAAAGAGAGAUUCAUGGGAAUAUAAUUUACUCAAGAAUGUUCUUUUGAGAAUUUUGAACAGAUUUUUAUCAUCUCGUCGGUAAGAAAAGACUUCAAAACUAUCAUUUACAGAUAGAGAUGCUAUGGUAAAUGUAAAUCUUAGUUGUUCUUUCUCUUGAAACAUAACCAACAAAAGCAUAACGCCGCCGAAAAUGCUACCGAAAAUUAAUGUUUGGAGCAAAAAUUAAAAGCAACAACACUCACGCAGAUAUCACACCUCCAAACACAACGGUAUCUUGUAUUAUCACAAGAAAAAAAAAACAUAAUAAAAGAAGGCGAAGAAGAAGAAAACACCUUUUUGACACGCAAAUCGGACAAACUCCAGCGGCUGGCAUGGUUGCCAAAUUUCAAGCGUUCGAUGUUUGCGGCAAAAAAAGCCUAACUCCUCACACACUUCUUUGGGGGGAAAAACUCUGAAAAGAGAAAACAGGUUGGAACAUGGAAAGCUCUGUAUUUGUACAUAUCUUGUGGAAACAUUACUACAUUGCUAACCACUAAACAAAAAACAUGCAAAAUAAUGCAAGCAAAUAGAACAAAUCGAGAGAACAAUUUGAGAGAAUUAAUUGGAUGGACAUAUUUUUUUAAAUUGAUAAAAACAAAUUAAACGUACAGAUAAAAAAGAAAACAGUCACACACUCUCAUACUUUAAAAACAAGUAAAAUUAUAGUGGAAUCAUUAAACACAAUAAAACAUUUAAACAAGCGAAAAAAGAGCAGCGCGCAGUGUGAGAAAACGAAGUGACGACACACACACAACAAAAAUAAGCAAUUACACUAAUCGAACCAUUCUUGAUUGGGAGCAGUUGGAAAUCAAAAUAGGGCGAAAAUAACAACGUAAACAAAAACAAUGCGACGCAAGCGGGGACGAACAAAACUUGAUUGAAGAUGGCGUUUUUUGUGUAUAUUUUAGUGAGAUAAAGCGAAAAUCGAGAUUUUUCGGCGAAUCGUUUUCCAGGACGCGAAAGUAACUAGGUUUGUUCCCGUUUUUAUUUCUUUCCUUUUGCACUAGUUGUAAAGGUUAAUGCGAUUUGAGAGAACGAUAAGAGAGAAAUCAACACAAUACAAAUUACUUUUAAUUUUUCGUUUUCGUUCAUCUAUUACUUUCGUUGUAAGUUUUACGUUACUUUAUCUGUAAAAUGUAAUUAGGAGAGGAAAAAAAAUCAAGGACGUUUUUCCCUUUAAUUAUUUUUUUCAUUUUCCGUAGCAAGAAAAUAAAAUCGAUUCAUACAAUCUGUAAGCUUAGAAUAGCAAAUACCGUUGUUCUGUAUUUUUUUCGUCUCAAAACUACGGUUUGCCAAUUUGAAGAUGCGUCACAUUUCACACGCAUUAGCAAAACAAAAAAUUAAAUUACAAUAGCGACGUCGCCACCACGUGGAGCGUUUGGUGCGUUCGACUCAUCGAAGUUAAAGAAGAAGAAAUAAAGCUGAAAGUAAAUCGUAUUGAAGAAAUUCUAAAUCAGUGGCAAUUGUCGUGGAAAGAGCAACGUUUAUAAACAACAACAAAAAUGCUAGUAAGUAAAAGCAGAAAAAAAAUCAUUAAAGUCGACUGUUCCGCUUUUUCGUUGUAUUAUCGUGUAGACAAGUAAAAAAACAAGAAAAUAACUAUUAAAUUGGACGAAAGUGGCGAAAACUACGCCGAAGUGAAACAAACACAGACACACACACACACUAUAAAUAAGCUGGAACUAUUUUGUAAAAAGUAAAAUACACUCUUACAACACAAACACAAACAUUCAAUUAGUGACGUUUUCAAAAUUACCGUGAUCAUCUAAUCAUAUAGCAGAAAACAAGCAAACAAACAAAAAAUGUGGGGGAAGAAACAAGUCAAAAUAAACAUUUAAAGAAAAUCACACACAUUAAACGAAAGCAAAAACACGCAUAAGCCACAAACGUAAAUUUGAACAGUUUAAACAAAAAUAUGUAUAGAAAACAAAGGCCGUGUGUACUCCUAAUAAUUGCAACCAAAAAAAUUAGAUCAGUUUUUCAACAAACUCAAUUUGGAAGAAAAAAAAACAAACGCGAGAAGUCCCUCUUUCCGCUUGACACAAACAUACACAGAAACUCGGACGCAGGACUUUCCCCCAGACGAGAGAACACUUUUGGACGUAACUAUUACUUUCUAGCAACAACAACAACAAAAGCAACAGGAUUGAAAAAUAACCUGACAGAAAGGCAGUUAAAACAACAACAUCAACAAAAAUAGUGGAAAAAGGUUAUAAAAAAAGAAGAAAGAGGAAAAAACACAUAGCGUUUAAGUGCGUCAUGCAUAUAUUAUAUUGAUGAAAGAAAGAAAAAAAGAAGGAAAUUAAAAUCAAUAAUUUGAAAACACAAACUGAGAAGGAAAGAAAACAAAAGAAAAAUAAUGACAAAUAAAACAAAUGAUAAAUUUA